AUGCCGACUGGGAAUGAGACGUCCAUUUUGUCUUUUUUGCGUGCAGGAACAUUAGCAGGUUGUCCAUAUGUAGAGCAGGUAGCUUCUACUGUGAGAAAAGUCACUGUACCUCCUGCUGAAUCAGCCACCUCUUUGUCAUCUCCAUUAUCGCCUUCACUCUCUUCCUCUUCCUGCCUGUGGCCUCUUGCAUUUUGUAAUUUUGAGAAUUGUCGUCAAGAGAAAACGCUUUUGUGGGCCACUGCUCUCCGCCACAAAGCCAUCACGGCAGAGGCCAAGAAAUUAGGUUUGGAUGCGCUGCAGCGAGGUGAGGUGCGGAGACGCGCUAAACUUUUCUUCCAUGUGGAGGGGCGGCAUAAAUGCGGCCCGAAUGACACCGCUUCGGAUGCGGAAAAACAUACAUUGGCGGACAUUCUGAGGGAGGAGGUGGACGGGUGCCGUGCCUGGACAGAUGUGGCCAAUGGCACCAGAUUUCAGAUGAGUUUUCUCUUAGGCGGCGGUGAUAUGGUGGGAGUCGCAAAGGAGAUGUCUGCCCUUGAGGCCACAAUGUCCGGUCAUGGUGACACAAGCCAAGCUAAUCGUAUUCGACUGUUGGUAUGCGCCGUCGCCGUGGUGUCGGCGAUGUUGAAUCAUUUUUGCCCACUUCGCUGGGUCAUAACUGCUUCUACAGGAGUUCCGCAUGUUUGGGAUCAGGCAAUUGCUCUUGUUGAGCAGCUUCUUAACGACGAGGCUAUCGUCUCUUUUUUCAUGGCCGAAGCGCUUGCAUCGGCGAUUAUGUCUAUUUCUUCUUCAGACGUGACGAUGCGACGCUACGAUGUCCUUUUGAAGGAAAAACGGAAAAGGAUGUUGGCAUGCAUCCUUCCCCUCCAACACGUUUUGGGUGGGGGAGAGGCCGCACCCCUCUCCAUUGCGGGUGUCGCAAAGAAUACGCUUCACUUGCGUACAGAGACGCAGCUGCUUGACUUGAAACGAGGUUUGCAGAAGGAGCUGCGUGAGCGAUUGGCAAUUGCUUCAAAACUGGAUCAGCGUAGCGUGGAUCGGGCGCGGCAAUUCAAGGAAGCAUGUGAAUUGUACCGAGCGACAGUGAAGGAAAACCAGACGGACGGACGCCACCCGAUACUUCAAAAAAAAGGCCUUACCGCUCUCUCCCGUACUGACAUUUUGCCUGGGCGGUGUGUCCAGUUAAGCGAUGUACCCGGAGAGAACAAGUUGAGAACGGAAACGAAAAGAAAAUUGAGCUGCGAAACCGACACCAGCACCCAUGAAGCAAAGGUUACAUCGUCCUGCUGGGAGCGCACAGUUUUAGAGGUUUGGAGGGCACGUCGCGAGGCCGUCCUUGGAGUGCUUCGGGAAUACUGGAUUGUUGAUAAUGGCUCUUUGAGGAGGAAAGGCAUAGAGAAAAAAACGGAGACGAAGGAGAAGGCUGGACCUUUGUGGAUGACCGAUGCGUUGCUAGGGACUCUUUCACGUCAACUACUUGCAUUGAUCGGUGUACAGGGUCAGAAUUUGAUUUCUUUGUUGGAUACACUCUGGAGGUGGAUUGGAUGUCAGCGUGACGCACUUGAUGAGGGAAUGUACACGGCACUUGCAGUUGAGUUGGUCGUUUUUCUUUUGGUUGCUAAAUAUUACUCUUCUCGUGCCGAUAAUUUGCUUUCGGAAUUGAUGGCUAUUUUGAAGCAUCUGGCGGGAAUUCGUGUCCGCGAUGAUUUCUCUUCUCCAUUACUCCAAAAGGUACCGGACGCGUUGGCUGUGGUUCUCUUUGAUGCGGUGUUUUUUUCCCUUUCAACAGGGAUUUCCUGUUUCUCAGAAGGGAAUUCUGACGGUUCACGCGACCGUCGACUGUCAUCGCCUGUCUCAACCUUGUUGUGGGAACUUCAAUCCUCGGUCACGUUGAGGCAUGCGGUGUCGAUUCUUCAGGGCGGCAGUUCGCGCCAACUUCCAACAGGAAGUGGUGGUGUGAACCCGUUGUCAUUAACGCCCUCUUUGGGGGACACUGAAGAAUUGACGCUCUUAACCGACGUAGCAAGACAUGGAAGGUGCGGCGGAGUUGCACUGAAUGUGUCGCCCAGGCAUGAUGUGUGUUUUCUUGUGACGCUCACGGAGCUUCUUGGGACGAGUGUCUUUGCUUAUUUGAAGGAAAUUCCGAUUCGUACAAAGAGGCCGCCACCGCGGUUUCUCAGUGAGGCACUAUGGAAUGCACUUCUACCACUGACCUCAGGGCUACUUCAUCACAUCCAACGCAUGCAUAUCGAAAAUGGGUCGAAGGCAGUACGCCGUUUCUUGGAGUUUAGUCGUGCCCUUGUUGAGGAAUUGACACCGCGGUGGGAGUACAACAUUGUGCCUACGCGGCGUCUACAAAAGAAGGGGGUGGCUAUUUUCAACUAUACCGCCGUGGAGCAAGAGUACGAGGCGAACCAUGUUGUAGAGGAUCGUGUGGUCAAGUUUACUUCUCUUCUUGAGUGGUUACUAAUGGGGGCUUCUGAGUUCUUUCCGGAACUUCUCACGGAUGGUCACAGCUUUUCCCGUAUGUGCAAUGCUGUUGGGCUUAUUUUAUACGAUGUGGAUGGUCGUACGGGACAUAAGAUUAUGACGCACCUCCUCCGUCUUGUACCGCCUAAGGAAAAGAUGGACAUUGAGGCUUAUAUUGCAGCCAUCCGUUGCUUGUCUUCUAUGCGGCAUGGUUGUACACUUUGGGAAGAGGCUGUAAAAUACUACCGAGAAGCAGUUCAUUUUAUGGAGGAUGAUGCCAACGCAAAGGACGCCAUGAACUCCCAUCGUCGUCCACACGUGCCCGCAGAUCUCUCCACUGCCCGUGUGUUGCGUUGUAUUGGAAGUAGUCCCCUGCCUCACGUGCCUCGGUGUACGUUGACGUUACAAAUCUUUGCGUUUGCUCGGGCAUCCGGUGUUCCUUUAAGUCUUCAGUCGUAUUCUUCUUGCUUACUUAACUUUACACUACGGAAGAAUCCGCCCACGAAGGCGUUUUUUGUUGCACCGUGGUGUGAUGCAUUAGAGUGGUAUGACGAUGUUAUGUCCCGUAGUGAGCAGGUGCCUUUGCCGAAACAAGAUCCCUUAUGUUUUCAGGUAGCAUGCUUACAGAGUUUACUUGCACAGGGAGAUUGGCCAGAGGCACUUUUUUCACUUCCAUUGGCAGAUAUUGUCCGUCAACAUGGUGACGACGCGGCUGAAUUGAAUUUAAGUCAAUUUUCAGGGAAGGUGUCUUUCCUGCUGAGGCUAUGUGCGUCCGAUCGAACACGGAGCUGCGCCCAUGCCGCGAAGUCGUUGCUCUACGUGUUUCAAACCCUACCCUCUCUUAAACCUGGUACGCAGGCGGCAAACCUUGAAGAUAUGCAGAAGUUGUGUCAUGUUGCUAAUAAAUACCUUCCUGUGGUUUCUGAACCGAAAUUAACGAACGGCGCACCGCUGUUUCGUCACGAGACACCAAUAAUUCCCAGAAUUUCAUUGGAGCUGGAAUUUGAAUGGGCGCGCUCUUUGGAACCGUUUGGUUUUUCUUUUUGCCAUUUCUACCACAUCCAGGAUUCACUGAUGGAAAAAUUGGAGGCGGCCAUUUUAUCCCGCCUGCAUAGGAGAAAGAGUGAUACCGAUGGGCGUGAUGGAAAAGAUUCAGAUCAGCCUUCUGCAAUUAUACGAGUUCGUGAGCGUGUGUCUUGUACAUUUCCUCUCCUUCAAACGGUGUGGUCAGCAGAAGAGUUUUUGAAGAAAACAAAAGAGGCAGAUGGUGUGGUAAGGGGAGGUGAUGAUGUCCGCUCACGCAUGGACACGUGCUAUGCCAGUGUUAUGCUGCCCCUGCGACGACUGGAAAGAAUUCGUGCAGAGAAAAGACGAGGUAUGCGGAGACGUGAUCCGUCUUUGCGGCAAGAUAGAGGGGGGAGGAGAGAAACGGGACGGAAUGAGUGA